AUGACAUUCUUCUUCUGUACUUUGCUGUUCUCUAAUUCAUCCCUCGCUAGCAGUGAGGAAGCAAACGCUCUUUUAAAAUGGAAAGCCACCCUUGGGAAUCACAGUCUAGCUACCUUGUCUUCUUGGAAGAAUGGAACAGAUCCUUGCAGGAACUGGAAAGGAGUUACAUGUGAUGAAUCAAUGUCUGUCUCCAUUAUAAAUCUUACCAGGUUGGGGAUAAAAGGUACACUUCACAGUCUCAACUUCUCAUCUUUUAUUAAACUCCAAGCUUUAGAUAUCAGUCAGAAUGAGUUUUCUGGGAUUAUUCCUCGCCAGAUUGGUAACUUGUCUGCUUGUAGAAUUCUUACGCUCAAUAUGAGUCAUAAUUUCUUGAGUGGUUCUAUCCCUCGAGAAAUAGGAGCCUUGACUAGUCUGAACAUGCUUUCUCUUAGUGUGAAUAAUCUCACAGGAAAAAUUCCCAGAGAGAUCGGAAUGCUGACUGAUCUCACAGUGCUUGCCUUGCAAAGAAACACUUUCUUGAACGACAAAAUCCCUUCUGCAAUAGGAAAUUUGACCAAACUGCAAUAUCUUUCUCUCUUUCGAAAUAAUCUGUGGGGUCUCAUUCCUUCUGAGUUUGGGAAUCUCCAUUCUCUCAUCAGUUUGCAACUGUCAAAUAACAAUUUGCACGGACCAAUUCCAUCUUCUUUUGGGAACUUGAUCAAAUUAGAAAAUCUCAAGCUUGGAAAUAUUUCUCUUUCCGGAACUAUUCCAGCUUCCAUAGGAAAUCUAACUCAUCUCAAGAUCCUUGAUCUGAACAAGAACAAACUGGGUGGGCUCAUUCCAAUAGAGAUGAAUAAUCUUACAAACUGGAAAAACUUAGAGCUUAGCGAGAAUGAUUUCACUGGCCAUUUGCCACAACAGGUUUGCCUUGGUGGAUUACUUGAACAUUUCACUGCAUGUGCGAAUAAAUUCACUGGCCCAGUUCCAAAAACCUUGAAAAAUUGCUCUAGCCUUAUCAGACUUAGACUUGAUAACAACCGAUUGGUUGGAAAUAUCACAAGUGACUUUGGUGUGUACCCAAAUUUGAAAUACAUUGAUUUGAGUGGCAAUAAAUUUUAUGGCCGCAUUUCAUCUACGUGGGGAAAAUGCUAUAAUCUCACAUCACUUAGGAUUUCCAACAACAAUAUCUCUGGAAGUAUACCUCCAGAAGUUGGAGAGGCAACCAAACUUGGGGAAUUUAAUGUCUCAUCAAAUCAAUUGACAGGAGAAAUUCCAAAGGAAGUGGGAAAGAUGACCUUAUUGAGUAGACUUUCUUUAAGCAACAAUCGAUUUUCAGGCAAGAUUCCAAUAGAAAUAGGGUCACUAAAUCAACUUGAAGAAUUGAUGUUGUCAGAUAAUAAUUUCACUGGCUCAAUCCCCGAAGAGCUUGGAGGAUUUUAUAGGUUAUGGCUCUUAGACUUGAGCAAAAAUAAAUUUACAGGAAGCAUUCCCUUUGAGUUUGGUCAUUUGCAGGCACUUCAAGAACUUGAUCUUAGUGAGAACAUGUUGUCGGGAACAAUACCGGCAGCACUUGGAACACUGAAGAUGCUACAAAAUUUGAACAUUUCACAUAAUAAUCUCUCAGGUACCAUUCCACCCCAUUUUGAUGACAUGUCAAGUUUAACUUCUGUAGACAUAUCAUACAACCAUUUGGAAGGACCUCUUCCAAAUACUCUUGCCUUUCGAAAUAUUACAUUUGAUGCAGUGAGGAACAACACAGGUUUAUGUGUGGCGGGUGGAAUUUUCUGUAUUGUAAUUCGAAAAUCAAAGAAUGCCAAGCGUGAAGAUGACAAAGGAUUAACUCAGAGUCUUUUCUCCAUAUGGUGUUUUGAUGGGGAAAUUUUGCAUGAAAAAGUUAUUGAAGUCACAGAAGAUUCUAAUGACAAAUAUCUCAUUGCGUUGGGAGCACAAGGAAAUGUUUACAAGGCUGAGUUAUUUGAAGGUCAAUUUUUUGCUGUGAAGAAACUUCAUCCAAAUUGUAAUACAAAUCUCUCCAAUCUUAAAGCAUUCUCAAGGGAAAUUGAAACUUUGACUGAAAUCAAACAUCGUAAUAUAGUAAAGUUACUUGGGUUCUUUUCAAAUUCACGGCUAUCGUUCUUGGUUUAUGAGUUCUUAGAAGGUGGUAGCUUGGAUAAGAUUUUGAAAAAUCAUAAGCAAGCAAUUAUACUUGAUUGGGAUAAGAGGGUGAAUGUGGUUAGAGGUGUGGUUGAUGCAUUAUUCCAUAUGCAUCAUGGUCUCUCAUGCCCUAUAGUCCAUCGUGACAUAUCAAGCAAGAACAUAAUGUUAGAUUCGGAAUUUCAAGAAGCUCAUGUCAUUGACUUUGGAAUAGCAAGGUUCCUAGAUCUUGACUCAAACAACAUGACCUCAUCAUUCGCUGGUACCCUUGGUUAUACUGCUCCAGAGAUUGCGUUUACAAUGCACGUGAAUGAAAAAUGUGAUAUUUAUAGCUUUGGUGUCGUCACAUUAGAAAUCCUAAUGGGAAGACAUCCUGGGGAGCUAAUUCAUUCUUUGACAGAGAUUCCAACAUCCUAUAAUAACAUGCCAUUUAAGGAUGUGUUGGACCAUCGGCUGCCUCCGCCCUCAAACCUAAUUGUUGAGCAAGUGAUGUUGAUUGCAAAGAUAGCACUUUCUUGCUUGAAUGAAGAUCCACGUUUUCGUCCAACCAUGGAACAAGUUUGUUUGGAACUUGUGAGGCCUAAACCAUAUUCGAUGAGCCAGGUCGACAAAAUCACAAUUGGACAACUACUCAUGAAAGUUUAA